AUGCGCCUGCGACCCCGUUUAUUAUUAUUAUUAUUUGGGGGGAGUGGCACCCGGUGUGCGGGACAGCGGGCAGGUGAGAAUGGCGGGCAGGGGGUUUCCCGUCAACCUGCUGGGAGAAGCUGCAUCGCGCGGCACCCGGUGCCCUUCGUCUCGCUGCUUUUUCUACCUCUUCUUUUCUUUGUUGUGGGCGUUGUGUUGCUCUGUUCAGGGAACCUUCCCCCUCUGGAGGCGUAUCAGGUGGGUGGCGCUCACGAUGCCAUGCGGAACGAGAAGACCCUGAAUGCGGAGUUGAGCCGCUGGGCAGACAGGCUUAGCAGGCUACAUACCCCGCUGGAGAUGAAAAACGUGCCUCCGUCACUGUUCGACGUGACUGAAUUUGUGGAGUUGCGGGUGGCGGUGGACGGUGUUUGA